CCAAAAACAUUUCAAGUAGAUUUUUCAUCUUCAUUCGAAUGAAACUUCCCCGACUCCAAAAUUGCUGUCAAUCAUCUAGGUAUAUCGAAAUCGACCAAUAAAUCCACUCCGUCACGACAGUUUCCCGAAUUUUCCACCUAGAACACCUGGCAACGUCGCAUCGGUAGUGGCUCGCCACCAGCAACGACUGACAUCGCGUUAGCCGCUCUAGACAGUCGGCAAUCGACGUCACACCAUGGCAGGUUAGACUUAGAGCGAACACACAACAACAGACAAAACAGCCACCCACUACUAAAAAACGCAUAAAUAUACUUUUACUUCAGAACCAUCUAAUCUAGUGUGUUGCUAACACGUGCAGUGCCGCCAUAUUGUGGUUCCGGGUGACAGUACCGUUAGUUUGCGCGGUUCCUUCUAUUCUAAUCCACUUCUAAUGCGGGAUUUGGAGUAUUGCUGAUCAGUGGUUUAAAGAUAAUUUGUAGCGAUUUUUUGAUCUGGAGUGCUGUGAUUUUUGCGCGUUUUCGGACGCAUUGCGUAAUCAAUGACAGAAAGUGUGGCCGUUGUCAGGAGAGAUGGGAAGUGAGCACUACUGCCUGAGGUGGAACAAUCAUCAAAGCAACCUCCUCGGCGUCUUCAGUCAGUUGUUAAGAGACGAGAGCCUAGUCGACGUCACUUUGGCCUGCUCGGAGGGCCACUCUAUCAGAGCUCACAAGGUAGUGCUGUCCGCUUGCUCUUCGUACUUCCAGACGCUGUUCGUCGACCAUCCCAGUAGGCAUCCCAUCGUUAUCCUUAAGGACGUGCGUUUCUCCGAGCUCAGGACGCUUAUCGAGUUUAUGUACAAGGGGGAAGUCAACGUUGAGUACUGUCAAUUGUCCGCUUUAUUGAAGACGGCGGAAAGUCUUAAGGUUAAAGGUCUCGCAGAAAUGACUCGCGAAUACAAACCGGUACCCGAACAAACAGAACCCAAAGAACUCACGACACGUCGCUCUCUUAGCCACAACCAAUCCCGACCCAUCACACCCAACGAUAUGGAGGAAUCCCAACAUCCGCCUAGCCCCGUUCAAAACCUGCGAAUAUGCAAAUCGCCCUUAGAACGAGACAGAGAACGCGAACGGGACAGAGAUAACAGAGACAGGGAUCGCGAUAGAGAUAGGGACAGAGAUCGUGAUAGAGAUAGAGAUCGCGAUAGAGAUAGAGAAAUAGAGAACGAAGAGAAAUUAUCGCCGUUAGAGGAGAGCGGGUCUCAAUCAGCGUCUAACGAUUUUGGUGCUAGCGAUAUGAGUCUGCAUAAUAGUAAUAAUUUGAUAGCCACUUGUUCCUCUGCCAGUUUACCGAAUCCUUUGUGUAAUAGACUGUCACCUUCUGUUAAUUGCGAGCCUAUUCCCGGUCCUUCGAAUCUGCCUCCUGUCCAACAAGUGCCUCUGAGUCUUAAAAAAGAAGUAGAUUGGGGAGGGGGAGAAGACAAAAAACCGCCGAUCGAAAGUCCUUCAGAUUUUUCUAGAAACCAGCAAGAUUCGAGUUCAAUGGAAACCGACCGUUGCAUCGGUUCCCCCGUCCCAGAUCGUCCCUCCAGCACCCAGAGCAGCAGAUCCUCCACCCCUUUCGCUCUACCGUUCCCCACUUUACCGACGUCGCUCCUGGAAGUCGGGUUGAUGCACAGCGCCCUCCUGGGCGACGAAAUGUUUCGCUGUUCUUCGUGUAUGGCCGCCUUUCCUUCGCUGUGGCUGCUGGAGCAGCACACCGCUUUGCAGCACAUCGGAUCCAUUAGCUCCUUGGAGAAGCCCUUCGUAUGCGAGCAAUGCGGACAAAGUUAUAGAUAUAGAUCGGCCUAUGUCAAACAUCGUGAACAAAAUCAUAGAGCUAGACUACCAGCAGAUAAAUUAUUCUCCUGUGACGUAUGCGGCAUGCAGUUUCGUUAUCUCAAGUCUUUCAAAAAACACCGCUUAAAUCACGCUUUAGAAAAGUUACACGGAAAAAGCGCCGAGAUCGCUAAAGAAGCCAAAGCCAAUACCGAUGAAGAGGUUGAGGAUGAAAAGGGGAUACACGAGAAUAGUAACGAUCAAGUGUCCAGUUCGAAUGAGACCAUCAACGUAGAAGAAGAAAAUAAUCCGAUCGUUGUUAAAAAAGAAGUUACUGAUGACGUCACAGGAGAAGGCACAUCCUCCGACGCAGAAAAAACCGAAGCAGAACAAGACGACACCAUAGACUCCAUAGCAUUCUCGUACCAAGGCACCUCAGGCUGUCCCACCGAUCUCCUUCGAAAUUCCGAAUCGUCCAUCAUCAACUUCCUAAGGGCCGAUUCGGCAGAACGACAACGCGAACGCAGAUUCGCCUGUCCGUUUUGCGGCAAAUGCGUCAGAAGUAAAGAGAACCUGAAACUCCACGUCAGGAAACAUACCGGAGAGAGGCCUUUCGUUUGUCUGUUCUGCGGCAGAGCCUUCGGAGGCAAAAGCGACCUUACCCGCCAUCUUAGAAUCCAUACAGGGGAGAGGCCCUACCACUGUGAUAUGUGUGGCAAAUGCUUCGCCAGAGCUGAUUACUUAUCGAAGCAUUUGACCACUCACAUUAAUACGCCCCGUUGAAGUGAUUUAUGCCGAUUUUGGGGAGCUCCAAAUUUGUUGGUAUUAUUAUUUAGAUCGAUGAUUAGAAAACGAUCGAUCUGUCUGUAAGCUUCUGACGUUUGUUUUUAUAGGCUGCAGUUGCAAGAAUGUUUUUAUAUGGUUCAGAGUGGUUUUACGGUUUUUUGUUUUCACGUUUUCACGUUGAAAAGUAGACCUCUCUUUUCAGAAUCUUGAGGGAAUUUAUGAAGUUUUCGAAUGCCACUUAUCGUAAUAUUUUAUUUAGAUAGAAACAUCACCAUAUUCUUUACGUGUCGUGUACAGGGUGUUUCAUAAGGAAUGGUAAAUAUUUUACCCAUAGGUUGAGUAUCUCAAUUUUAAUAUUUUGUUAAAUAACACUGGGUCAAAUGUUGUCGAAUACUGAGAUACAUGGUUAAAGAUAAAAUUUAUUUUUCGUUUUUGGGCAAUAUUUUUCGUGAUUAUUUAACUUAUUGACCUAAAAGUUUAAAAUUUGGUAGGGUUAAAUUUUUGCGAAAGUAAAUCAUAAGCGUUUUAACAAUUUUGAGAUUAAAAAAAUAGGAUGCCAUGUAUACUAGUUGAAGAAAACUGUCCAUUUUUUUGUUUUUUAUAAUUUCUAAUUUAAAUUUAAACAAAAAAUGUAUAUUUGUUUUAUUAGCAUAAAUUCAAUUUCGAGAAAUUUUCAUUUAAAAUUUUCUCUAUUUAAUUUAGUGGACAAUAUUUCAACAAAGUAGGCAAUCAGCAAAAAAUAAUUACGCUGAUUUAUAAAUUAUUUUCGUUAUGCAGCAG